AUGCUCAAAACUUUAGUCCCAAGAAGCAGUCGAUCGCUGCUUUCAACCAAAGCUCCGCAGUUCGGCCCAGCAAAUCUGCGGACCGCCCCAAGCUUCCAGAUCUUCUCCCAGAAUCAACAGAGAAGUAGAGGCUACGCUUCAGAAGCUUCAGAGUAUGAUGUUCUCUUCAUCGGAGGUGGUGUUGCCGGCUAUGUUGGCGCAAUCAAGGCUGGCCAGGAGGGUCUCAAGACAGCUUGUAUCGAAAAGCGUGGAACUCUCGGUGGUACAUGCCUGAAUGUCGGCUGUAUACCCUCCAAGUCCCUUCUCAACAACUCACAUCUCUACCACCAAAUCCAACAUGACACGAAAAAGCGAGGUAUCGAUGUCGGCGAUGUGAAACUCAACUUAAAACAAAUGAUGAAAGCAAAAGACGAAUCCGUGACUGGUUUGACCAAGGGCGUUGAGUUCCUGUUCAAGAAAAACAAGGUCGACUACAUCAAGGGAGCAGGCUCAUUUGUCGACGAGCACACCGUCAGAGUUAAUCUAUCAGAUGGAGGUGAAACAGACGUCAAAGCCAAGAACAUAAUCAUCGCAACCGGUAGCGAAUCCACACCCUUCCCAGGACUUGAAAUAGACGAGAAAAAGGUCAUUACAAGUACGGGCGCUAUUGCUCUGGAGGAGGUCCCUAAGAGACUGACUGUCAUUGGUGGUGGUAUCAUUGGUCUUGAGAUGGCGUCUGUGUGGUCUCGUCUCGGCUCUCAGGUCACUGUCGUGGAGUUUCUAGGCCAGAUUGGUGGCCCCGGCAUGGACGCUGAGGUUGCCAAACAAGCUCAAAAAAUUCUUGGUAAACAAGGCAUGAAGUUCAAGUUAAAUACAAAGGUCACUUCCGGCGAUGCAAGCGGCGACGGAGUCAAACUUGAGGUCGAAGCCGCCAAAGGUGGCAAGAAUGAAACCAUUGAAUCUGAUGUCGUUCUGGUCGCAAUUGGUCGGAGGCCUUACACUGAAGGCCUUGGACUCGAGAACAUUGGCAUUGAGCUAGACGACAAGAAGCGACUCGUCAUCGAUCAAGAAUAUCGCACGAAGAUUCCUCACAUCCGAGUAGUGGGCGAUGUGACCUUCGGACCUAUGCUCGCACACAAGGCUGAGGAAGAAGGCGUGGCUGUCGUCGAGUAUAUCAAGAAGGGCUUUGGCCACGUCAACUAUGGCGCCAUUCCCUCCGUCAUGUACACACACCCUGAAGUCGCAUGGGUUGGUCAGAACGAACAAGAGCUCAAAGCAGCGGGUGUAAAGUACAACGUCGGAAACUUCCCAUUCACUGCCAACUCGAGGGCGAAGACCAAUCUCGAGACAGAUGGUUUCGUCAAGUUCCUCUCAGAUGCCGAGACAGACCGUAUCCUAGGCGUCCACAUUAUCGGAGCUAAUGCCGGCGAAAUGAUCGCCGAGGGAACCCUGGCCCUGGAAUACGGUGCCAGCAGCGAGGACGUGGCGAGGACGUGCCAUGCUCAUCCCACGCUGGCAGAGGCGUUCAAGGAAGCCGCCAUGAGCACGUACUCGUCAGCAAUUCACUACUAG